AAACAUUUACCGACGCAAUGUGUGAUAUAUUUUCGUGCGCACCUUCAAAAAUACAUGUCAAUCACCUGCACGCCACAAAAAUACCACAACCCGGAAGUUGAUUCCAAAUUCCAGUUCGCACGUGCCAUGCCUUCGAAGCGGACAACCGUGUUGGUGAUUUGGAAGAUCCUGCUUCCAACGAUGCAAUUUUUCGGCAUCGUCCCACUCGAAUACGACUCCGUAGGGAAACGAUUCUACCGCACGAGAUGACGCCAAUUGAGGAUGACAGCUCACAUCAGUUCGGCCCUGCUAUUGAUUCCCUUUGCGUAUUACGCCCUGCUCGAGAGCUUUAUGAUUCCGGAAUCACCACUGGGCAACUUUCUGCUGAUCAACGAGAUGGGAUUAACGUUUCUUGCUCUUAUGGUGACUUUAGGAGUUAUCGCAGGACAUUUGGAUGAAAUUGAAUGUUGUUUCAACGGAUUGGCAAAGUUGCUGACGAGAUGUUACAAAAGUUUGCACGACAUGGAUGGACGUGUCCUCAAAUCAUUUUUCAUCAAAGUUACCUUAGUAGAUGUGAUAGUUUUUCCGUUCACCUUCGCUCUAUUCGUCCCGUUCACCGUUGGGCAUAGCAAACUUCUAAUGGCAUGUUGGCUGGUCAACACGUGGUCCAUUCUUCAAAUGCUACUGUACUGCAACUUGUUCCAAUCGAUUGCCAUCGUGGGCACUCUGCUGUACAAAGCAGUAAAUCUACAAAUUCACAACUGCAUCGAUCAGCUAUCCCAUUUGGACAACCAUGAAACGCGCUGGCAUCACUUCGAUCGCGGACUCAAACUGACGAUCUGCAAGCGAUUAGCCAACGAAAUCGAUCACAUUUGCAGACUACAUCGAGCCAUUACCAGACUGGUUCAAAAAUUGGUCCAAAUUCUAAGCCCUCCGAUGAUCCUCGUCAUAACGUACCAAUGUCUGAUCAUACUAGCGGAGAUUUACUUCGAGUACACGUCGGCCGUAAAGGAUUUGCGAGCGGGGCUGCCCCUAAACUACGGCCAGUGGCUGAGCUCGUUCCUUUUUAUGGUGAUAAAUGGGCUGCAGUUUUACUUCACGGCCUCGGUGUACGCUCGAAUGACGGAGGAGGCUGAAAAGUCGGCAAUUCUGCUGAACGAAUUCUUUCUGUGUGAUGUCGAUUUUCGGUUGGAUUUGAGCAUUGAACUCUUUACCGUGGAAAUGUUGCACCACAACUACAAAAUCGAUAUUUGCGGACUCUACACGAUGGAUUUUACGAUGGUGAAUUCGGUGAUUGGAAGGUUGACGAUAUAUCUCAUCAUGCUUGUGCAAUUCGAGUUGGCAGAAUAUUGAAACAAAAAAAAGAAGAGACAUUUCGGAUCAUCAAAAAUACACACACGGAUAUUUACGGAACUUCUAA